AUGAAUAUUAUGAUUACUAAAAUAUUUUUCCUUGUUCAGUUAUUCUAUAUUGUUGUAUCCAAGAGUUCAGCUGAAGAAAAUUGUGAAACAGUCGCAAGCGAAGUGCAUGUUACUAAAGAGGAAUACGACGAAAUGGGUAGAUUACUUAGAUCAUGCAGUGGUGAAGUAAGCGUGAACAAGUGUGAAGGAAUGUGCAACAGUCAAGUACACCCGUCAAUUUCAUCACCCACCGGCUUUCAGAAGGAAUGUUUUUGCUGCCGAGAAAAGUUUUUAAGAGAACGACUAGUGACUUUGACUCACUGCUAUGACCCGGAUGGCAUUCGUUUUGAAGAUGAAGAAAAUGCAUUAAUGGAAGUUCGCCUGCGAGAGCCCGAUGAGUGUGAAUGUUACAAAUGUGGAGAUUUUAGCCGUUGA